GAUCAAUCGUACUGCUUCGACGAGCCUCAUGGCCGUUUCUGUAUAUAUCAGCCAAGGCGAUGUCGAAGAAACUCAUCUUCUUAAUGGGUGCACCCACUCUGAGAAACCUUCAGUGGGAUGAAGAGCAAUUGCUCACAGAGCCCAUCUUUCCUUUCAAGGGACCAAAUAUCCAUGACGAAGAGCCAUGGUGCCUGACCGAUGCUUACCCUGUUAAGUGGAGGCUUUUGCAAGACUUGCGGACAUCUGAGUUACGACAAGGGAAGUUCGACACUUGCUCCCAGGAAAGGGCCUGCUUCCUAGCAACCCGCGACCUCGCGGUCUCUGGCGGGAAUUCGACCAAUGAACCAGAGGGUUCAGUACUCUCACGGUUCUACGAGCACUCCUUCACCGUGCAUGAGGUUUCCGAGGUUUCGGCGACCGGGGUUCGCUCUGAUAACUCCUUUCAAGGUAGCGGCACAUGGGCCGAUAGUACUGAGAGUUCGAUCGCAACAGUGAGCGACAAAGAAGCGCCGAACCCAGGGAUUCUUUGCCAAACGUCUGUUACCAACCUCCAGGCUAUCCCUACGGCAGCAUACUUGACGUCGAUUGUGCCGCAGACCCUGAGUGUCAAUCUAGUCGUGUCAAUCAUUACCAUCAACCCUCCACGCCGUAUUGUGACACGGCAAUGGAAGAAAGAAAUAGACCUGGUGGAGGUCGUAGUGGGCGAUGAUUCCCGAAGCGGAUUUGGAGUAACCUUCUGGCUUCCUCCUGCGGAUCAAGCACAUGCUGCCAGUGAUCGCAACCCUAUCGAGGACGAACUUGGAAGGUCGUUGGCUACGCUGCGGCCUCGAGAUAUUGUUCUGAUGCGCACGGUAGGACUGAGUUCCUUCCGAGAACGGGUGUACGGGCAAAGUCUGCGGAAGGGAGUCACUAGAGUUGACCUUCUGCAUCGACAGCGGGUUGACGCAAACGAUGCAGGCGGUGUCUACAGCACAAAGAGGCUACAAGAAUUCCAACGGCAGCGGCAGCAGCAGCAGCAGCAGCAGCAGCAGCAGCAGCAGCAGCAGCAGCAGGGUCCUGCAGCCAAGAAGGAAGAGGAUCGGCUGGUAGAGAAAGUCAGCAAGGUGCGCGAGUGGAUCAGACGAUUUGCGCCGGAUGCAGUAGGCGGUGAGGAUGAUAAGGGGUCCCUAACACGUGGUCUUGCUGGAACAGCUACCAGGAAUAACGCACUGCCUCCGGAUACGCAAGAGUAUAUUUAGAACAUCAACCACAGUCUUGUAGGUAAGGACAUACAGAGCUGGGGAUUGCUCUUCCACUAUGCCCUCCGGAUCAUGCACAUGACCAUAGUGGCUGGUAACACGAACCGGGGAGACGGCGGACAAGGGCAGGAAAUCCAUUGUCUGUCCUCAAGCAGGGAGAGACCAGAAAAGCGAUUAUACAUGGACGAUCAGAAGAUCGAGAAGCUUGGGACUUGCUACAGGGUCUGUUGGAGAUUUGCUUGGGGAGGGGGGCGAGAUGAUUAUGCCUCCUGCA